ACCAAAAACCAAAACAAAAAAAGAUGCAGAAAGAAGGUGCCUUCAGUUUCUCUCUCCUCCCCUGCGUCUUUGAUACGAGGAUAUAUGCCUUCAUUAUCCGACCGAGUCCAAGGAAGGAACCACUAACCAAUAACAAUGGCUUCCCUCUGUCUUAAUUUGUUGCCCUCGCCGCACUCUCGCAGACUAAUAGAAGCUUCCUCUGCUUCGUCUUCUUCUCCUUCUCCUCCUUGUUCAACAACACCAAAGAGUAGCAACAGUAGCGGCGGCAUUGGAAGCUUGAAGCCCGUUGUAAUAAAUGGGAAUCCCCCAACUUUCGUGUCUGCUCCUGGUCGUCGUAUUGUUGCCGUUGGGGAUCUACAUGGUGAUCUUGAGCAGGCAAGACGUGCAUUUCAGAUGGCUGGUGUCUUGAGUUCAGAUGGUCAAGACAAUUGGACUGGUAAAGAAACGGUUUUGGUUCAGCUGGGAGACAUACUUGAUCGAGGAGAAAACGAGAUAGCCAUCUUAUCCUUGUUGCGUUCCAUGGGUAAACAGGCACAAGAAGAAGGUGGAGCCAUUUUUCAGAUCAAUGGGAAUCAUGAGACCAUGAAUGUUGGAGGGGACUUCAGAUAUGUUGAAUCUGGCGCAUUCGAAGAGUGUGCGGGCUUCCUGGACUAUUUGGAUAGUUAUGGAUAUGAAUGGGAAGAAGCUUUUCCUGGUUGGGUUGCUGCGUCUGGAAGGUGGAGGCAAGACCAGAAGACAUCUCCAAAUUAUUGGGACUCAUGGAAUUUAGUGAAGAGGCAGAAGGGGGUUAUUGCCAGAUCAGUCUUACUGCGACCUGGUGGUCCAUUGGCAUGUGAGUUGGCACGGCAUGCUGUUGUUCUCAAGGUCAAUGAUUGGGUCUUUUGUCAUGGUGGCCUCCUUCCUCACCAUGUUGCCUACGGUAUUGAAAGGAUGAACUUUGAAGUAUCUAACUGGAUGAGAGGUCUCUCUGAAAGUGAUGUUGGUCCUCAACUCCCUUUCAUGGCCACACAGGGAUAUGAUAGUGUUGUUUGGAGCCGCUUGUACUCGAGAGAUGUAUCGGAUCUCGAGGAUUAUCAAAUCAGACAGAUACAGUCUAUUCUCGAAGAGACUUUGCAAGCUGUGGAUGCCAAGGCAAUGGUGGUGGGGCAUACUCCUCAGACUGCUGGAGUAAAUUGUGAAUACAACUGUAGCAUAUGGAGGAUUGAUGUUGGGAUGUCAAGCGGAGUUCUUAACUCAAGACCUGAGGUUCUGGAGAUCGUGGAUGGUAAAGCAAGGGCUGUGAAGGGAAGAAGGGACAUGCUUAGUGAUUUACAAGUUGUUGACUACACAUAGACUAGAGGUGUAGCAACACGAAGUAAUAGUAUUGGUUUUCAUUUUUCUCCCAAGCAUAACAAAACUUUCUUUUUCCCGGAACAGGCGAUGAACUUGAUGGUGGAAGCCAGAAUCCGACUCGAAUUUGUUCUGCAUUUGUAGUCCUCACCACCUGUCCCACACUCUCGUUAGUGAGUUCUGCGGCAACAGAAUCGCGGUAUUUGAAUACCGAAGCCGUUUUCACAAGCAGAGAAGAAACAGAUUCUUUGGUGGUGGAUAUAUGGGAUGAGAGCAACUUUCAUAGGGGAAUCUAGUUUAAUGUUAAGUAAUGAUUCUUCAAGACAAUUUUGUUACUGAGCGGGAAGGAUUAUCCCGUGUGUAUUGAAUAUAUAUGGAGGACAUAGAAACUGUAAAUUGGAAUAUAUACUACCAACAAAUCCCCGCACAUACAA